AGUAGAGUUCCUGCAGCCUGUGAAGUGUGAGGGGAAGCAACCAUUGACUCACGAAAUAAGUGCGGGAAAUAUCACAACCUUGGAAGCUCACAGCAGAAGAGUCACUGGAGACAGACGUGGAAGUGCUAAGGCAGAAGUCACGAGACUUUGUAACUCUUUAGGAGAAGACAUAAUGUCAAGUGGAGAUGGCCAGCAGUCACAGGCUUUUACCAAGCCCACUUUUACUGAGGCACAAGCCUCUGCACUAGUAGAAUCAGUAUUUGGGUUCAAAGUUUCUAAGAUCCAACCACUCCCUAGCUAUGACGACCAAAACUUUCAUGUUCACAUUUCAAGAAGCAAAGAGACUACAGAUGACCCAGUUGAUUAUGUCCUCAAAAUAAGCAAUACGGAGUCUAGUCGAACUCCAGACCUGAUUGAAAUGCAGAACCAUGUCAUCAUGUUUUUGAGAGCAGCUGGAUUUCCAACAGCCUCUGUGUGCCGAACCAAAGGGGACAACACCAUCUCUCUCAUAUCCAUUGAUAUCGGAUCUAAAAUCAAAAGCUACUUGGUAAGAAUGCUCACUUACCUCCCAGGAAGACCAAUAGCUGAGGUUGCCAUCAGCCACCAGCAAUUAUAUGAAAUAGGAAGGCUGGCUGCCCAACUGGAUAAAGCCCUGGAGGAGUUCCAUCAUCCAAAGUUAAGUCUUCUUCAUCGGGAGAACUUCAUCUGGAAUCUGAAAAAUGUUCCUCUUCUAGAGAAAUACAUAGGUGCCCUGAGCCAAGGUCGAAACCGGGAGAUUAUUGAACAGGUAAUUCAGCUGUUCAAGGAAGAAGUAAUGACCAAAUUAAGUCAUUUUCGAGAAUGUAUUAAUCAUGGUGAUCUUAAUGACCAUAACAUUUUAGUCAGCAAGUCAGCCUCUGGAGAUGCUGUGUAUCAAGUCUCUGGGAUUUUAGACUUUGGUGACAUGAGCUAUGGCUACUAUGUGUUUGAAGCGGCAAUCACCAUCAUGUACAUGAUGAUCGAAAGCACAAACCCUAUACAAGUAGGAGGUCACAUCCUCGCAGGGUUUGAAAGUGUGAUCCCCCUGACCCCUGUAGAGAGGGGUGCUUUGUUUUUACUUGUGUGCAGUCGUUUUUGCCAGUCUCUUGUCAUGGCUGCAUACUCCUGCCAGCUGUACCCAGAGAACAAAGAGUACCUCAUGAUUACAGCGAAAACCGGAUGGAAGCAUUUACAGCAGAUGUUUGACAUGGGCCAGAAGGCUGUAGAAGAGAUCUGGUUUGAAACUGCCAAGUCCUAUGAAUCUGGGAUCUCCAUGUGACUGAUGCGGAAAAAAGAAAAAAAUUAAACCGCUCAAAACUUCCGGCGGGUGCACAUGCACUCAUCACUACCCACCCCAAUGUUCUGGAUUCCUCGAUGGAAGACACACAUGCACAGCCUUAUUUUUAACAUGCCCUAAGCAGGUCAGGCUCGGCCACUCCCUAACUCUAUUUGGAUAACACACACUCUCCUCCAAUAUUCCUGAGUUAUUACUUACUAAGAAUCUAUAUUUUAUCUUUGCUGCCCUGAACCUUGCUCCCCCCUGCACCUACAUGUAGUCAGUCUCUCCCUCCUGCAUCUUCCCAGUGUGGUGUGUCUCCUAUACCGUCCUUAUGGAGGAAUCCUCUCUUCCCUCUCUGUCCCUUCUCAGGAAUCCUAAAAGUUCUACCUGUCUCUCUGCCAAGUCAUUGGCUGCUGGUAAUUUUAUUGCCCAGUUAAAACCCAACUGGGGAUAGGCUUCCUUUAGUCCUGUGAGACAUUGCAAACAGGUAUAUUUUGGUAACAUAAUUAGCAUGAGAACACAAGCCACUACCUGUGACAGUAGAAAAGUUUGUGUUAAUUAAAACUCAGUUGGGCCUAGAUCAAACUUAUGAAGGAAAGUUGUGCAGUUAAAAUUGAAACAGUAAAACAGAUCCAUUCUAAAUAUGAAUUGGUUAAGGAAGAUCUAGUUUUUUCAGCAGUCUUAGACUGUCUUUUACACAUAAGAAAGUACUACAUGAUGAACCCUUGCCUAGUGUGCAAGACCCGGGCUCAACCUCAGCACUACAGAAACAAAGAAAUCCACACAAGUAUCACCCAAGGAAGCUUGUCUCUGUGCAGGUCCUGCUUGCCUUUUACAAGAGACACACAUGAUGCUACAUGAUUUGUCAUCAAUCUCCAAAGAUCUACUCCAGACCUUAAAUCAAUGACUUUUAAACU